AGCCGGAUGGUAUUCUUUUCCGCGGUCACACUGACAAGCGUGAAAUUAAAGCCAAUUUAUUUCGACGGGUAAAUAAUUAUAAAAGCGGUCAACCACCCACCCACCAAAAAGGCCGCGCGGCUUCGUUCGCGACGUAUCGGUGAAAAGCACGCGUUUUCCGCUUUUCCAGCAGCCGUGUGCUACUUCGUACAUUUUAAGCAGCCGGAAAAACAGACGCGCAUAUUGUGGGAGGCAAUGGAAAGCGAAAACAAAACCGCAUGUGUGACGCUGGGAUAACGGCGAAAAAGGCGAAAGAGGAGCUGUGAAAUAGCGAAAAACCUAAGCUGAGAUCUAAAAUCGGAUCUGCAGUUUGAGGACAAAGAGAGAGUCGAGGAAAAAGCUACUCACAAACACACACCCAUACGCGUCACACACUCUCCCGUGUAAAACCAAUACAACAACAACAUGCAAUCUUUGCAAAGUAGUUAAAUAAUUCUGCCCUGUCUGCGCUUUAUUUCCUUCUUCAUUUCGGUUCUUCUCGUUUUAUUUUUUUGGAUUUCAACAAGUUUCUGUUUCUCGCUUUUCCCUUACACACUCACACCUCCACAAACACAAUCGCACAGUUCUUUUUUCGUUACUACUUCAAAACAACAAAAACACACGGCACACGAACACUAAACACCUAUACCAACACAACGUCUCGUGUGACGUGCGAGCGCAGAAAUUGUCGUCUUUAGAUUUUGUUUGUGCACUUUUCGCCAUUUCCCUUUGUGUUCCGUUGUGUUCGGAAAAGAGGGGGGAGGAAGAAAGAAGGAGACGAAAAGAGGGAGAGACCGAGAAGCACCUGCGAAAAAGCGGCACGAGAUCAGAAAGCAGAAAAUCGCAAGAAGCAAAAGCGACCGGCUCCCCACUUACACACACACACAAUCAACACUUGUUGCAGCGGAAGAGGAGAAGGGCGACAGAGAGCGAUAAAAAGGGGAGACAAAGGAGAAAGAGGAGGAGAACAAGUGCCUAAUAAGACAACAACACAACGCGCAUCUGCUAUCAGCGAAUACCACUGCAAACAUGGUCAAGGAGAAGCCCAACUCGACUCGUAUUUACGACAAGGAUGGAUUCAGGCGACGCGCUGCCUGUAUCUGCGUGAAAUCGGAGAAUGAAGCGGAGGUGCUCUUGGUGACCUCCUCUCGUCGUCCGGAGCUGUGGAUCGUUCCAGGAGGUGGUGUAGAGCCCGAAGAGGAGCCCUCGGUGACUGCCAUGCGCGAAGUACUCGAGGAGGCCGGCGUAGUUGGCGAUCUGGGUCGUUGUCUGGGUGUUUUCGAAAACAAUGACCACAUGCAUCGCACCGAGGUAUUCGUUAUGAACGUGACUAAGGAGCUGGAUGAGUGGGAGGACUCGCGUAGCAUCGGCCGUAAGCGUCAGUGGUUCACCAUCGAUGACGCUCUAUCGCAGCUGGCGCUGCACAAGCCGACGCAGCAGCACUAUUUAAUGCAGCUGCAGCACUCGAAGACGCUGGACAACACGAAUCGCGUGGUCAACGCCACGCAUCCGCCCAAGUUGACCAAUGCCGCCACCCCAGCCGCAUCGCCCACCACGGCAUAAAGACAGUAGGAUGCGGAACCCGGAUUGCAAAAAGCAGAAGCCACACAUGCACACCACACUUAACCCCGAGACUAACCCAACACUAACUCUAACCCCAUACCCAAAGCCAAACACAUUUUGACAUUUUGGAAAUUUACAAAUAGACAGGCAGUCUUCUAGAUUAUGUUGAUUAAGCGAUACUUAUGUUACCCCGCAUCCCCCACAUAGCCCCAUUUGCGUUUAAGUUUAAGUCAAAGCGUUCAUUUAUGUCUUUAGUAAUUGUAUGAGAACUAAAUUUAUGUGUUUACUCCAGAGCGAGUGAAGAGAAGGUGAAGAAAACAAAAACGCUACUCGAUCAAUGCUAAGCGAUAACUUACAAAUUUCGAGAUCUAUAACACGACACAGAAGAAAACAUAAAAAAAACAUGUAAUAAUUUUUGAGCGAAUAGCACUUUUUGCAAACACGAAACCGAAACUAAAACUAAAUCUAGAUAAACUAAAAAACAAAAUCCAGAAGUAACGAUAUCUAUUAGAUUUUUCUACUCUUUUUUUAUAAUUUACUCAAAAGGCAUCUUAAUUGAUUAUAGUUACAAGCAAACCAAUUGGAUUCGGCUUUACCAAGCGCAAAAGGAUAUCUUGAUUAACUAUGCUAAGCGGCCUAAACAAUAAAAAGAAACCUAUUUAAGCGAUGACUAACGAAACGAUUUCGUUUUGAAUCUACCACAGUCGAGGAUCAUUUUUCAAAAUAACUCUAGACUCCGGACUUUUGACGGACGAACAGCAGACGGAUAAGGAAUCAUUAAAAAUCCUUAAAAUAAUUAACAACAGUUGCCUAUGCAAGAAGAUAGAACCCAUUGCAGGGGGAAUAUAAAGAUAAACGUUAACUUAUUGUAAAAACAAAAUGCGAGAAAUUAGAGAAGCCAGCAAACAACAUAUUAUGAACUAAUUCAACUACUAAGAUAUGUGCACGUUGUACUUUUCAGAAACAAAAAAAAAAUAACAAUAAUUACGAUUAUAAUAUUAACACAGCUAAGGGAGGAGCAUGUUUUCAAUGUGAUUUAAGAGAUACAAGAUACACACGAGUUGAUGAACAAUUUUAUGUGACAUUUUUUCGAUGAUUUUUUGGCACUUCAAAAGCGCGCAACAAACGAAAUUUUAAUUCAAGCUCAAUGGAAGCAAAGUCUGGCAGUUGAAUCUAUGAUUUUCCAAUCUAUCAAUUGUACUUUAGUUGCAAACUAAAGCCGACAAACGAACUUUUAUCGGAACGCUAAAUUAUAUCACAAAUUGUUGCAAUUAAACGAUGAUUUACAACCAAUAAAGAAGAAAACAAACACAAAA